UUCCGCUUCCGCCGCCGCCGCCAUUAGCGCCAGGCCCGCUGCCGGUGCUGCCGCGGGCCCGGUGCCGCCGCCAUGGGCGCUCACCUGGGCCGGCGCUACCUGUGGGACGCCGAGGCCGAGCCCGACCCGCUGCACAUGCCGUCUUUCCCCGCCGACCUGGGCAUGCCGCUCCGCCAGCCGCGCUCCAUGGUGGCCUCGGCGGCGCAGCUGGCGCAGGGCCGCGUGCCGCUGGAGCAGCGGGAUUUCUGCGGGCACCACCUGCUGCGGCUGCUGCGCUGCCAGCGCGACAACUUCCCCGUGCCAUGGGGCUGCCACGCGCUGCGCCACGCCUGGGACAGCUGCCAGCACGAGGACUACGUGAUGCGCAUGAAGGAGUUUGAGCGCGAGCGGCGCCUGCGGCUGCGGCAGCAACGGCUGCGACGGCGGCGCGGGGACAGCGACGGGGACAGCGAGUGACACCGGGGACAGCGACGGGGACAGCGAGUGACACCCGGGAACACUAAGUGACACCGUGCUGACACCGCAGUGACACCGAGUAACACCCGGGACACCACGGUGACACCAAGUGACACCUGGGAACACUGAGUGACACCGAGUGACACUGCAGUGACACCGGGUACACCACGGUGACAUCCAGUGACACCGUGGUGACGGUGACACGAGGCCACCCCGCGCAAUAAAGCUGUCAAGUGACA